ACACUCAAUGACAUGAGCUGGACUGUCCUGCAUUUGCAAAGGCUUGCCAACAACCAAGAGACAGACAUGUCGUGGGCUGCCUCCUGACUCUGAGGGUGCUGCCGUCACCAGAAACAAGAUGGCCAGACUCAAACCGUUAACAAAGCUCACGUCAAAACUCUUUGGACUCACAGUUCUAGGCUAUUGCCAGGCACUGAAGUAGCCUCACCAGUGGGUACUAUUUUUUUUGACUCUCAUGCAUUUUUUAGUCCAAUAGAAGCCAGCAACACUUCAGUAAAAGAUCAUCUGGAACCACCUCUGGCUUCCCACUUCUUCUCCAAUGCAGGCAGAGCCAGGGCCUGUGGGCCAUUUGUAAAUGAAGCCUGGUCCACCCUUCCCCAAGUAGCAUCAUCCCCAGCCUCUGAUAAGGCCAUGGAUCCUGAGCAAAGUGUCAAGAGUGCACAGACAUCGGAGGGCAGUCCCAGAAAGCGGCUGCCCAAAGGAGAAGCCGUGCAAGCCAGUGGCCCCUCCACAGCUCCAGCCUCGGCUCCAACCCUGGCUCCAGCCUCGGCUCCCUCCCUGGCUCCAGCCCCGAUUCCGGCUCCAGCCCCGGCUCCAGCUCCAUUCCAGGGCAGCUCUACUUCCUCCCCAGCCACGCCCCUCCAUGAGCUCCUUUCCCAGCAGCAGCAGCACUUUUCGGGGCCUCCUCUGGUUCUGAGGGAGGGGUCUCAGGAGAAAACGGGACACCAGAAGCCCCCGAAGAGAUCUACUGUGGAAGGCCCAGCCCACAUCUCCCAGCUCCCUCAACACCCUCUGUCACCAGCAUUUAUGUCGCCGCCGGGAAAGCCUGAGCAUCUCCUGGAAGGGCCCACGUGGCAGCUAGUUGAGCCAAUAAGGCCGGGCCCCUCUGGGGCUUUUGUAUCUCCGGGGCUCCAUUCUCAGAGCCAGCUCCUUCCUGCCCACCCGACCAUCAUCCCUCCUGAGGAGCUGCAGUCCAUCCCCAAAGUCUACAUCCCACGCGCCUCCCACAUCUCUAUGAAGCAGGCCGAGGAACCGCCGAAGAAGGAGAAGAAACCUCAGAAGCCCGGCAAGUACAUCUGUCAAUACUGCAGCCGCCCCUGUGCUAAGCCCAGUGUGCUUCAAAAGCACAUCCGCUCUCACACAGGUGAGCGGCCCUACCCUUGCAUCCCUUGCGGCUUCUCCUUCAAAACCAAAAGCAAUUUGUACAAGCAUAGGAAGUCCCACGCACACCGGAUCAAAGCAGGGCUGGCUUCGGGAAUCGGGGCUGAGAUGUACCCUCCGGGGCUGGAGAUGGAAAGAAUCGGUGGGGAGGAAUUCGAGGAGCCCACCGAAGGAGAGAGCACCGACUCCGAGGAGGAAACGGGGGCCACGUCCAGCCAGCCUGCCGACCUGUCUCCCAGACAAAAGCACACCCUCCUUGGCAGCAGCAGCCUCUACGGUGCGGGCAGCCAUGGCCCGGGCCACGAACGCUGUUCCUCGUCCCAUUCCGGCACAUCGCAGUCUCUCGAGGAGAACCCCCAGUUUGCAGAACCUUUAUCGUCCUCAUCGGAGCUUUCUGUGAGCCACAAAGCGGAGGACACACACACCAUCAAGCAGAAACUCGCCCUGAGGCUCAGCGAAAGGAAGAAAGUAAUGGACGAGCAGGCCUUCCUGAGCCCUGGGAGCAAGGGGAGCACAGAGUCGGGCUACUUCUCCCGUUCCGAGAGUGCGGAGCAGCAGAUCAGCCCUCCCAAUACCAAUGCCAAGUCCUAUGCCGAGAUCAUCUUUGGCAAAUGCGGGCGGAUCGGACAGAGGACGGCGAUGCUGACUGCCGCUGCCACCCAGCCACUCCUGCCCCUGUCUGCUGAGGACAAACCCAGCCUGGGCCCCAUCUCCGUGCCUCGGACACAGGUCAUCGAACACAUCACGAAGCUGAUCACAAUUAACGAAGCAGUCGUAGACACCAGCGAGAUAGACAGCGUGAAGCCCAGGAGGAGCUCUCUGUCCCGGCGGAGUAGCAUCGAGUCCCCCAAGUCCGGGAUCUUCCGAGACCCGUUUCAGCUGGACCCAUCCAAAACUCUACUCUCCCACGGUGAGAAAGGCAAGGCGGAACAAUCUCUCCUCUCCCUCCAGCAGCUGCCCGCCAGCUCCACUGAGCCCGCGCCCCUCCUGAGGAGCCACUCCAUGCCUUCUGCCACCUGCACCAUCAGCUCCCCGCACACCUUCAGAGGCAGCUACUCCUUCGACGACCACAUCAGUGAGGCGGACACCCUGAGCCGCAGCCAAGUCUUCACAUCCCACCCCCGCACGUUGAAACGCCAGCCCGCCUUUGAGCUCCCUUUGGGAGGGGAGUAUAGCUCAGAGGACAUCGGGUUAGGCCCUAAGGACACGGCCUCCAAACCCUCCGAAGAAAAAGAAGCAAAGGAAAUCGAACUCACCAAAAAGUCUCGGAAAGGCUCCAAAGCAAAAGGGGUAACUUUCGAGUGUAACAUCUGUGGGGCUCGGUACAAGAAACGGGAUAAUUAUGAGGCCCAUAAAAAGUACUACUGCUCAGAACUUCAGCUCUCCAAGCCUGCUUCCACAGGUGCCCAUUCAUCCUCAGAAGCAGAAAAGAGCCAAGGGGAACCUGAGUCUUGGUCUCAGAUGAUGCACUAUAAGUUGGGAACCAGUUUAGAACUUACACCACUGAGGAAGAGAAGGAAAGAAAAGAGCCUUGGGGAUGAGGAAGACCCCCCCUCCUUUGAGUCGACCAAAAGUCACUCCUCUGUGGGGCCUGGGAGCCAGUUUGCUAACCCAGCUCCCUCAGAAGCUGCUUUGAACCUCCCCCAGGAGCCCACCAAGCCACCAGCAGAGCCAGCUCCAUCGGUGCCACCCCUGGAGGGGACCAUGGCCUUCCACCCAAGGACUCCCAAAGCAGCGGCAAGUUCCGAGUCUGGGAAAGAGAGAAGAAAAAUCUCCACAGAAAUUUCGGUCAUCCAGCACACCAGCUCCUUUGAAAAAUCUGACCCUCCGGAGCAGCCGAGCCACCAGGAAGGAGAAGACAAGACUUUGUCCCAAUUCUCAUCACAGCCAGCUGUCACUCCACAUGGCCGCUCUUCUCACUCCCUGCAGCCAAGGUUAGUCCGCCAGCCUAACAUCCAGGUUCCUGAAAUCUUGGUGACUGAGGAGCCUGACAGAGCAGACACAGAACCUGAGCCCCCUCCAAAAGAACCCGAAAAGACUGAGGAAUUUCAGUGGCCCCAGCGGAGCCAGACACUUGCUCAGCUCCCCGCGGAAAAGCUGCCCCCUAAGAAAAAAAGGCUGAGGCUGGCAGAGAUGGCCCAGUCCUCAGGGGAGUCCAGUUUUGAGUCGGUCUCCCUGACCCGAAGCCCUAGCCUGGAAAGCAGUGUGUCGCACACUUCGAGCCACUCAGCAUCCUUUGAAAGGGAAGACCAUGGGAAGACAGAGGCUCCUGGUCCUUCCUCAGAAACCCACUCCAAGUCUUUCGGCACCCACAUGUUGACUGUUCCAAGCUACCCUCACCACUCCAGAGAAAUGCGGAGGUCGGCCUCUGAGCAGUCCCCCAACGUGCCACAUCCUUCUCAAAUAUCUGAGACACGCAGCAAGUCAUUCGACUAUGGGAGUUUGUCUCUGGCUCCGCCUCCCACACCAGGAAUUCCCACCUCCUCGGCCCCCCCGGAAAGAAGAAAAUGCUUUCUGGUGAGACAGGCUUCCCUGAGUCGGCAUCCAGAGCAUGAGCCAGAGAUACCUCCUAAGGGUAGACCGGAAACAGAGGAGCCGUUGCCUUCAUCCAGUAAAUCUUCCUCUAAAAGUUUGCUUCAUCAGCCUUCCUUUUCCUCCACCUGCUCAGCUUCUACCACCACCACUUCCUCCUCUUCCUCUUCCUCCUCUGCCUAUGGUGGGUACCUCAGUGCUAAGAGCCAGCAGAAGGACAGUCCCCAGCUGGUGUCCAGCCCACCUUACACCGAAGCUCUACAAGUGUUCCAUCCGCCCAUUCCCCAGCUCUCCCUGCAUGAAAAACCAUACCUGCCACCUCCAGUCUCCCUUUUCUCUUUUCAACACUUCCUCCAGCCACCAGGACAGUCAUCAGAGCUAUUCUCCACUCCGGCUAUGCCAGAGAUCUUCUCUGCCCCAUACUCCAUGCCUCCCCUUCCCCCAUCCUUAUUUCAGACUCCACCAAUUCCCCUCCAGCAAGCUGUCCUUCAUCCAGGACAGCUUCAUAUGCCUCACCAGCUUAUCCCUCAUCCAGCAGAUCUUCCCUUCCGUCAGCACCCUUCAUUUCUCCCCAUGCCCCAUCCCAGCUCCUCCUCACUCUCUCCAGGCUUCUUUCUGCCUCUACAAUCUCAGUUUUCCCUUCAUCUGCCUGGGGAGGUUGGCACCCAUCUGCCCCCAGUGAAAUCUAGCCUGUCCCCUCUUACGGGGCCCUCUGGCCUCUCCCCCAGCACAGAAUAUGGCACCGACGUCCGGUUGCACCCAGUGACACGUGCCACCAGCCCUCCAGUAUCGACGUCAGCCCCACAGCUGGCCGUUCCUUCCUGCCCAGAUCCUGCCGUUUCUCUGGUUGUUCCUGUCCGAAUCCAGACCGACAUGCCCUCCUACGGAAGUGUGAUGUAUACAACCCUUUCUCAGAUUUUGGUCACUCAGUCCCAGUGCAGCCCGUCCUCCCUCGUGCUCCCCAAGUUCGAUGACUACCAGGCCAAAGGGACAUUGGUCUGUGGUGUAGAAGCUCCUGGAGUGGGUCUUGAGCUGGCCCAGAUCAGUGAGGAGCAAAGAAGGGGGUUCCCAACACCAUACCUGAGGGUGCCUCUUCCAUUAGCAGAGAGGAAAGGUUCUUCUCUGUCCUCAGAAAGCAUCUUGGGCUUGGAGGGAAGCCCAUCCACUGCAGGAGGCAGCAAACGGGUGCUGUCCCCUGCUGGCAGCCUGGAACUCACCACAGAGACCCAACAGCAGAAGAGGGUGAAGGAGGAGGAAGGCUCCAAAGCUGAAGAGAAGCUAGAGCUGCUUAGGCCAGCUAGUGCCAUCCUUGCCAGUGCCGAAGCCAGCAAGAGGCAAGAGAGAACCCAGUUUGGGGGCCCCAGCCAAGGCCGAGGGGAGGAAGAGAUGCUUCCUAGCUCAUCGUUGGCUCAGCCUCUUCCCAAGGAAAGCCCUCCCUCUCAGUACUCGGGGCUGCCUCAUUCAGGAGCUCCAGGCCUGGAAGCAUCAAAACAGCUACCUGGAAAGCCAUCCCGACGGCAGUCACCACUGCAGGGAGUGAAGAAGGAAGACUCCAAGGACUUGCCUGACCAUCCACCGAAGACUCCUCCCACCUCCUCCUCCGCUUCUCCCAGGAUAGCAAAAUCCCGGGAAGGUACAGACACCAAGAAGGUACUACAGUUCCCCAGCCUCCAUACGACCACUAAUGUCAGUUGGUGCUAUUUAAACUACAUUAAGCCAAAUCCCGUCCAGCAGGCAGACAGGAGGUCCUCUGUUUAUGCUGGUUGGUGUAUAAGUCUGUACAACCCCAACCUGCCUGGGGUGUCCACUAAAGCAGCUCUGUCCCUCCUGAGGUCCAAGCAGAAGGUCAGCAAAGAGACGUACACCAUGGCCAUGGCUCCACAUCCUGAGACAGGAAGGCUUGUCCCGUCCAGCUCCCGAAAGCCCCGAAUGACAGAGGCCCAUCUCCCUUCGAUGGUCUCCAGUGAGGGUCGGAAAGACCCAGCUCGAGCCAAGAAGGAAGAAGACAAGAGAGGGAAGGCUGAGGAGGAUGCCCCUGCCUCCAAAAGAGGGGAGCCAGCGAGGAUCAAGAUCUUCGAAGGAGGGACCAGCCCCUGGGGACCUUCAGCCUGCUACAACAGAUGCAGACCAGAGGGCCCCUACACCAAGAUCCUGCUCUCCCGAGAAUACAAAGACCAUGAUGGCUCUGUCCUGGAACAAGGCAUACUUAACUCACAUCACAUACGAAGAAGGGACAGGAAACCCACGGCGGCAGGGGUGGUGCCCCACAGGUGACAAGACUCUACUAAGUUUGCUUUCCCUAUAGUGUGGGAUUGUAGUACCUUGGAGAACCUCUAGAGCCACAAGAGUGAUAACCAGCAAAGGGUGGUACCCAUCUGCUGGCUUCUGUGGUCAGGCACUGACCUGCUGGACUCUGCUGAUAGGUGAAGUUCUUAUCCACGGGCAGCUGUGUGUGGU